AUGGUGCGUAGAGAAAAUAUUGAGUCUUUAGAUUUGUUGUUGCGUGAUCUUUGUAAUCCUGAUAUGCCUUUUGGUGGAAAAGUGUUUCGAUUAACAGAAAACAUUCGAGCCAAAGAAGACCCUAUGUAUGCAUCAUUCUUGCUGUCUCUUGGCAAUGGACAGUUACAGUCACCUGAAAAUUCUUAUGUUCAGCUCCCAGAGCAUAUUAUCAAAUACUGUGCUCCUGAUGAAAACCCUGUUUCUACAUUGGCUGCAACAAUAUUCCCUGAAAUUAAUGUCCCAGGGGUUGAUAGCAGCAUAUUUAAUGAAAGAGCAAUCAUCACACCCAUGAAUGAAGAUGUAGAUGCCAUAAAUGAACACAUGAUUGGCAUGUUUCCUGGUGUACCUACUACAUAUGUGAGUUUUGACUCAGUUCUUGAUGAUAACUGCACAAUAUAUCCUACUGAGUUUCUAAAUUCACUCUGUCCGGGGGAAAUGAGUCCUCACAAGCUUGAGCUGAAAAUAGGCAGUCCUGUUAUAUUAUUGCGCAAUUUAGCACCAUCUAAGGGCAUGUGCAAUGGAACUCGUCUUAUUUGUAGAGGGUUUCUUCCUAAUUCUAUUGUAUGUGAAAUAUCAUCAGGCCAUUAUAAAGGCACGUUUUAUUUUGUACCUCGAGUGAAUUUGAGACCUUCGGCUUCUUCUAAGUAUCCAUUUCAGUUUGAGCGUAAGCAGUUCCCAUUAAAAUUAAGUUUUGCAAUGACAGUAAACAAGUCUCAAGGCCAAACCUUGAAUCGAGUGUUGGUGUAUCUUCCAUGCCCAUGUUUCUCACAUGGCCAAUUAUAUGUUGCUCUUUCACGUGCUAAACGAUCUGCUAAGGUUACUGUUUACAUGCCUCAACCAUCAGCUGCUAUUCUUAAGUCAAGUGUUAAGAAUAUUGUGUCCUACAAUGAAGGCCAUUUUGCAAAGAUUCUUCCCUCUGAUAUACAGCUGCUAAGGGAUGACAUGAUAAUGAAACCUCAAUAUGUUCCUUUGGACAAAUUAACUCCCAAGACUAAUAAAUAUAAGAUCAAGGUUAAAGUCAAGGAAAAGUCACCUGCGAAAUACCCAGGCACCAAAAAGGCUUUCCAGAAACUUGUCUUUGAAGAUGACGAGGGUAACAAAAUCAGGGACACAUUAUUUGAUGAUGAGAUAGAAAAUUUUGAACAUAUUUUAGAGCAUGAGAAGGAGUACAUCAUAGCAGAUGCACCAGUUAGGAACACUAAUGCAUUGUAUCGCCACAAAUAA